AUGUUCGGCGGACUUUCUGAACCUCCAGUAGACGGUGGUAUUGUUGGACCAACAUUUGCUUGUAUCAUUGGCCAACAAUUCAAAAAUCUGAAAUACGGAGAUCGAUUUUGGUUUGAAAAUGAACGAAUUCUGAAUUCCGAACAUUCUGGAUAUUCUUUGGGUAUGGCGUUUAUAAAUUCAAUUAUGAGGAUAAACGAUUAA